AUGGUUGGCAACUUUUUAACGUGGCAUCGAUACUUCACCUGGGCAUAUGAACAGGCAUUAAGGAAUGAAUGCGGUUACGAGGGCUACCAACCGUACUACAAUUGGCCGAAAUGGUCAGACGACCCCACCAAGUCCCCAACCCUGGACGGUAGUGAUAUGAGUAUGUCUGGCGAUGGUGCGAAUCAACCUGGUCGCAACAACACCUGCAUUCCAUCCAACGAUCUUUGCCAGAUCAGUCUUGCACCAGGAGAUGGCGGAGGCUGUGUACAGUCUGGCCCUUUCAAGAACUUCACCGUCAAUUUAGGCCCGGUUGCACCUGCCCUCGCGGAUAUAAAUCCUAAUGCGAACAUGUCUGGCCUCGGAUAUAACCCUCGCUGUCUCCGUCGCGACAUCUCGAAGAUUGCUGCCUCAACGUGGACCAACGACGACCAGGUCUCUUCGCUAAUCACCGACUUGACGGACUUCGGUUCCUUCUCUACGAGAAUGCAGGGUGACUUUCCCAAAGGCUUCCUCGGCGUCCAUACUGCUGGUCAUUUCACCAGCGGAGGCGAUCCCGGUGGCGAUUUGUUCGCAUCCCCUGGCGACCCAUACUUCUACUUCCACCACGCGAUGAUCGACCGAGUCUACUGGACAUGGCAGAACCAGGACAUUGUGAGCCGGCAAUACGCCAUUGGCAAUACUAUUACGGUGAACAACAUGCCACCGAGUAGGAAUGCUACGUUGGAUGAUACCUUGGAUUUAGGUUUCGUGGGAGUGGACACAAUCACUAUCCGAGAUGCGAGCAAUACACUUAACGGUCCUUUUUGCUACAUCUAUGCGUAA